UCUACUCUACUGUGCAUUUCUUAUUGUAGACCAAUAAUUGAACUCCAAUUCCUCUUACUCAUCUCCUUUUGGUUUCUUUACAACCUUCUCAUUGUUCUCGUGAAGAAAGUGACUGUGGGGCAGAGAAACCAUGGAAGAAGGGCUACUAACUCUGUCAGGGUCAAAUGGAGCUUCAAGUGAUUGCAGUGACGUCAUAACUCCAGGAGGGUUCUCCUCCUCGGCCACCCCCGUUGUCGUUCUGAGCGCAUUGGUGGCUCUUUGUGGUUCCUUUGGCUAUGGCUGUGCUGUAGGAUAUUCAUCCUCUGCUGAAUCAGGAAUUUUGGAAGACUUGGGCCUUACUAUUGCAGCAUACUCACUUUUUGGUUCAGUUUUGACAAUUGGAGGAAUAAUUGGUGCAUUAGUAAAUGGGAAGCUAACGGAUCUCAUUGGUCGUAGAGGUACAAUGUGGUUCUCACAAGUGUUCAGUGCUGCUGGGUGGCUCACCAUGGCAUUUGCACAGAGUGCUUGGUGGCUGGAUAUUGGAAGGUUUUCAUUGGGAGUUGGCAUCGCGAUAAUUUGCUAUGUGGUACCUGUAUACAUAGCAGAAAUAACACCCAAGGAUCUGAGAGGAAGGUUUACUUCAGCUCAUCAGUUGAUGAUGAGUUGUGGCGUAGCACUGGCAUUUUUCCUUGGAACUGCCAUAACCUGGCGAACCUUGGCCGUGAUAAGUGCUAUUCCAUCUCUUGUACACACUAUAGGUUUAUUUUUCAUUCCAGAGUCUCCAAGGUGGCUGGCCAAAAUUGGUAGACAAAAAGACUUUGAAGCAGUUCUUCAGCAUCUUAGAGGAAAGAAUGCCGACAUAUCUCAAGAAGCAGCUGAAAUCAUGGAUUAUACAAAAACCUUUGAGCAGCACUCGGGAAAAGUCAUAGACUUGUUCCAGAAGAGAUAUUCUUACUCACUAAUUGUUGGAGUUGGGCUCAUGUCCCUGCAACAUUUUGGUGGUGCCAAUGCAGUAUCUGGUUAUGCAAGUUCUAUAUUUGCAGAUGCAGGUUUUUCAACGAGCGUUGGGACUAUAUCAAUUGCUCUUAUUGGGAUUCCUGGUGUUGCCUUGAGUGUGCUCUUAACAGACAAAGUUGGAAGACGACCACUUCUAAUGGUUUCGGCUGGUGGAUUGUGCUUGAGUUUGUUUCUUGUGGGAUUGGCAUUCUGCUUUCAGGACCUCAAUCUGUGGAAGGGGGUCACUCCCAAUUUGGUGUUCAUCGGCUUGUUGGGUCAAAGUGUAUCAUACACAAUAGGCGUAGCAGGAUUACCCUGGGUUAUAAUGUCAGAGAUAUUCCCCAUAAACGUUAAAGGUUCAGCUGGAAGCCUGUUGAGUUUGGUAAGUUGGUCCUCUGCUUGGAUUGUAACAUACACCUUCAAUUUCAUGAUGCAAUGGAGCUCAGCAAGCACAUUUUUCUUCUUCUCAGCCAUUAGCGGGUUAACAGUCCUGUUCGUAGCAAUGCUAGUGCCGGAAACUAAAGGGCGAAAUCUAGAAGAAAUGCAAGCAUCAAUUGCCUAUUUUCUCUAAAAAGAUGACGUUGUAAAUAUUAAUGUGGCUAUUCAUGUAAUAGCAAUUAGUGUUGCGUGAUAUACGCCAAUUAAAUUGAUUGGUGAUUAACAGAAUAUAAUUAGCGAUUGAUUGAUUGUAAUCAGACGAGUGAUUGAUGUAAUCGUUAAAUAGUUACAUUUUGUAAACCUGAGAUACUCCUAUAUAAACCUCAUUGUG